AGAGCUAGUUAGCAAAAAAAAAAAAAAAACAACACGGUGGAAAGCGAAAAGGUGAGAAAAUGGAUAGGAAACGCAGUGAAAUUUGGACUCAUUUCAAUUUAAUUUAUAGUUCAAAGGCAGCGUGUAGACUGUGCAAAGUUAAAAUAUCCCAUAGAUCAGGCUCCACAAAUAAUCUGCACAGGCACAUCAGAAAAGUCCACCCAUCAGUACAAUUUCAAGAGAAAAGACAAGCAAGGGAACCAGAUGUUAAUGAAGGUGCUAGCGUGUCUGCAACUGUUGCUGCUGCUGCAAUGUCACAACAACUGCCUAGAAGUACAACCCAGAGCUCUAUGAGCCACUUUAUGCAAACACCUAUAAGGUUCAGUGAAAGACGCACUUAUGAGAACUUAGCUGAGGAGCUGCUUACAGAGUGGAAUGUGGAAAACAAAGUGGUUUGCUGUGUAAGCGACAAUGCAGCUAACAUCACCAAAGCAAUUAAAACCCUGAAAUGGACCCAUCACCCAUGUCUUGCACACACCCUUAACCUGGUUGUAAGAGAUGCUCUGAAGGUGAUGAAGCCCACUGUGGACAAAGUGAAGGGGAUAGUGGAAUUCUUCCACAGGAGCACAACAGCCACACAGAAGCUCAAAUCUACCCAACAACAGAUGGGCAUGCCUGAGCUGACGCUCAAGCAAGAGUGUAUUACAAGGUGGAAUUCCACCUUUCACAUGCUAAAACGGAUCCUGGAGUCCAAGGAUGCAGUAAUCUCUACCCUGGCUGUGAUAAAUUCACCCAUUGAACCUCUGAGCCAAGAGGAAUGGGAGAUACUGCAGGAGGCAUGCACUGUUCUGGAGCCAUUUGAGCAGGUAACUGUGGAGAUCAGUGCAGGCAGCUAUGUUACAGCCUCUAAAGUGUUGAUCCUGUGCAAGGGUCUUCAGAAAGUGACAGCUGAGCAUCAGACCAGCCAGCAGCAGCAGCAAGAGCCAGCCAGACAACUCCACUGCCAGGGGGCCAAGAGGGAGCAGAGCAACAACAAGAAGAGCCACAAGCAUCUGCUGUUUGGAGAUGCAAUUCUGGAAGUGAGAUCCGAUCUUGAGGAGCCCCCUUUCCAGAGAAGUGCUCACCCUUUGAGCUGGUGGGAGGCCAAGGAUUUGGUGUACCCACGUCUUGCACAUGUGAUGACACGGAGGCUGUGUGUUGUCGCAACAUCUGUCCCCUCAGAGAGAAUCUUUUCCAAAACAGGGCAAAUAUUAACAGAGAGGAGAAACAGGAUCAACCCCUCAAAGCUGAGGCACUUGGUUUUUCUUAAUGCCAAUCUUCACUAAAGACAAGUUA